AUGUCAACGAGGAACAAACGUGGUAAUCCUUCUUCUUUCUCUUCAUCAUCCUCAUCCAACCAACCUUCUUCUUCUUCAAAUAAACGAGUCACCCGAUCAUCAGCCAAAGCAGCGCAACAAGGCUCUUCCUCUUCUUCCUCCAAUCCCCGCAAGAAGAAGAAAAUCAAGAUGAGCGUUCACCAGCCAAUGUCAUUGAUGACUCGGAUGACGAAUUUGAAGAUACCUUUUUCUCAGUCGAUGGCUAGAGCGAAGCAAGUGGGACUUCCUUCUCCAGCCCUCACCGAAGAAGUGUCUUUCGGAAGGGCGGGAUGGAAGCGGGAUUAUGGGUUGUGCAAGGCGAAAUGGGGAGUACAGGGAGAAGUGGAGGGGUAUGCGGGGAUGAUAGGCCAGGUGAAAAACCUCAAGCUUGGUGAUUCGGACGACUCGAUAUCCUUCGAAUUGAUUUACGAUGAUAUAGAUUCGAGGGAGUUCAGGUUUAACCUGGACUUGGUGUUUCAAGACCUCAACAAGUACCCCGCCUCGUAUAGGCUCGUCGUUUUCUCCUCCGAUCCCCUCCCCAAACGAGCCGACACUUCCUUUUCGCGCUUCGUCGAAAUUUACGACCUGGAGAUUCCCUUGCUCCUUGAAAAGCUCCUGGCUUCUCUCCAAGGCGACGAUGAGGCGACAGGAGGAGCUCCAGGGGAUUUUGACGAAGGGGAGCUGGAGGAGGAUGAGGAGAUAAUAGAUGGGGCGGAUCCCUGGGCCGAAGACCCCGGAAGAGGGUUCGAAACCGCCAAAGGGUCUGAUGGGGACCUUGGACCUGGAUGGAUACAGCUGAAAGAUCAUUUCGAGCAAGCACAGAAGUGGGGUUAUCGACCAGGACUGACCAGAGUGUCGGAUUUCUGGGUUGUGUCAUACUCGAUACCCCACAAGAACCUCCCUAUCGACCCGAACGUUCUCAGCAUGUGGGAUGAUGGACUAGUAGACGCCUGGAAGAAAGAUCAAAGGUUAAUAUUGAUGAUGGGAACUGAUACUUAUCCACCGCACUUGGAUAAAAUGAAAUAUUGGUUAGGGUUUCAUCCAAAUUAUAAACCGCCUCCAGAUGUGAUGGUUUCUACUACGAGAGGACACGGCAUGCCAGGGUUUUACCUCUCUGCACCGAUCUUGAACUACCUCAAGUCGUUCGGAAGAUGCUACAAGCUUCGAACAGCCUUUGGAUUGAAUUGGUGCACGGCUGAUAAAAUAGGUAUGGACGAAGAAGCAUCUCGUCAAGUGUUCCAGUACAAUCAGAUCCCCAAGAAUAUAGGUAAAGGAGAUGAGGAUGAUCCUGUUGUCAAAGGGUUCGGGAGAAAUAUCCCCUUAGUUACGUUCAGUUGGGUAUUGCGAAGGUUCAUGGAGGCUCCGAAAUACUGCUUGAACUGCGGUCUCGAAGUCAAGCUUCCAUCUCUCCGACCCUAUGUUUACGAUAAACCCCUUUGCAUCUACGGUUUCAUGAGCUUAGGUUUAGGUCCCUCUGUCGAACAUACAAUUGUCACGCACCCAGCUGUCGUUGACGUGCUUCUAUCGUUCGCCCACUGUGCAGCUGCUUCCGGGGCGCAAACGAGGAUGGAACUACCUUUACAUUUACAUAUCGAAGUCCCUCCUGAAUUCGGUAUCGCCCAUUCUCAACUCCUAGACGAGUUAUCCGAUCUCGAUCAGCGUCGAGCUCUAGCCUGGCUCAUCCAACAACUACCGAAAGUAUCCGAGAUCAAGGCUCAUCUCGAAGGUGGUGGAAAGCUGAAAUCGAUCGAUGCGCCCUCAGGAUCGAUAGGAGUCUUGAGAUGGUCGGUAGGGUCAUGUAGAGCCUAUUUGAAAGAGACAAAACCCGGUGAAGGGGUACAAGAUAUCAGCUCAGCCUCGACGACCGCUCCGUCGCAAGUCACCUAUGGAAGUUUAGGAGGAGAGUUGAAACAAUUCACGUUCGUCGUUGGAUCGCCUGAGCAGGAGAGUGAUUUCAAGAAUGAGAUUGAGUUGGCGAAGAAGGAGAAUAAGAAUUGUAAGGCUUACUCUACGCUCUUAGCGUUUCACGGUUCUGGAGCUGAACGAUGGCAUAAUAUUCUGCGAACCGGGCUGGAUUUCUCUGAAACUAUUAACGGAAGGGCAUACGGCAACGGAGUCUAUUUCGCUUCUGACUCGGGAACGUCUAUGGGAGGGUAUGCAAGAGCAACGGUUCACACCAGAGAGAAUGCGGAUUUCAGGUUGUCCAAAGCUACCGCACUGGUCGAGCUAGUCAAUGUACCUCACACCUUUGUCUCAUCAAGCCCAUUCUACGUUGUCAACAACGUGAAACAGAUCAAACCUUUCCUUCUCCUCGUACAAGGAAGCGAAACGACGGAAAACUCCGAAGAGGUGGAAGAAGAACGUAUCAAGAAAGCCAAAUCUUCCAAAGGAGCAUUGUUUAUUCAUGAUCCCAUGCUCAGAACCAGACCGACUCUGAGCACCAAUCAGCCUUUGGCAGUUAGAAUGCCAGAAAAGUUGACUCGAACGACGUUCAUCGAUGGAGAACCAAACGACAAAACCGAUCGUGAUAUCUUCAAUCCACCACCACCACCUCCCAAGCCCCAGAACACCUUCAAACCUUCACCACAAAGUCGAUACGCCAGAUUGGAAAGCUUGCCUCCACCUACUGAGACCAGUGUGGUAGCUAGUAAGGCUCUGGGAAAGGAAUUAAAAGCUGUCGUGAAGGCUCAGGAGGAAGGUGGAUUGCCGUUCUGGGUUAAUCCGGAUGUUGAGAGUCUCUAUUGCUGGACCCUCGAGCUUCACACUUUCCCACCCGACUCACAUCUGUACAAAGAGAUGAAGAAGCAUAACAUCUCAUCUAUCAUCGCUGAGCUUCGAUUCCCCGCUUCUUUUCCCCACUCGCCACCGUUCAUGCGUAUUGUCCAUCCUAGGUUGAUGCCGUUCACGCAUGGUGGAGGAGGGAAUAUAACAGGGGGUGGAAGCGUAUGUAACGAGUUGAUGACGGGGACAGGAUGGAAUCCUGCUUUUUGUACGGAAGCUGUUGUCAGGGAGGUUAUGACAAACAUGACGGAGACCACUCCUCCCGCUCGACUCGAUCCACGUAAUUGGAACUCACCCUACACGAUGAGAGAGGCUGUAGAAGCUUAUAAGAGAGUGGCUAAACAACAUAAUUGGGAGAUACCGAAAGAUUUCGAUAGGUUGACGGUGUGA